AUGUAUUCCAGUGACGAUUAUAACGAGGGUGGAUAUGAGUCAUACGGUGACUACGAACCGCACACGGGAGAUCCUCAAUAUGACCUGGAAUAUGAUAGGUCUCAUUAUAAAAUGCCUGAUAUGGUGAAAAAAUUUCUUGUUUACUUUCGUAACAUGAUCACUGAGGGUGUAACAUACGAGAUUUUGAAUCUGUAUGAAAAUACUUUUCCUAAACUUACUGAGCAGUAUUUUGAGAAUACUCCCUGGCCUGAGGAAAAUGAGGUUUCACCUAUAGUUGAUAAUGAUCCUGUUUUCAUGAUUUUAUACAAAGAGCUGUACUAUCGCGACAUUUAUGCGCGUGUGCCUGGUGGUCCAAAACCUGAGCAAAGGUUUCACUCAUUCUACAACUAUUGUGACCUGUUCAACUACAUCUUAUCUGCGGAGACACCUGUGCCUCUUGAAUUACCUGACCAGUGGUUGUGGGAACUUAUAGAUGAAUUUGUUUAUCAAUUCCAAUCAUUUGCACAAUACAGAUCUCGCACUUCUAAACUAAGCCCAGCUGAAAUCGACGCUCUUAACACUGAAAAUAAGGCAUGGAAUGUUUUGUGCAUUCUUAAUGUGUUACACUCCCUUGUGGAUAAGUCCAACAUUAAACGCCAACUUGAGGUGUAUGCUGCUGGCGGCGAUCCCGAUUCGGUUGCUGGAGAGUUCGGCCGUCACUCUCUCUACAAAAUGUUGGGGUACUUCUCGUUAGUAGGCCUCUUGCGGCUGCAUUCAUUGCUUGGAGACUACUACCAGGCUAUAAAGGUUCUGGAAAACAUUGAACUUCAUAAGAAGUCUCAGUAUUCUCAUGUGCCUGCAUGUCAAAUCUCGACAUCGUAUUACGUUGGCUUUGCGUACAUGAUGAUGCGUCGUUAUGCAGACGCCAUUCGGACCUUGUCAUCAGCUCUUCUUUACAUGCAGCGUACAAAACAACUAUUCUCGUCUCGCUCCUACCAGAACGACCAAAUCAAUAAGCAAACUGAACAGAUGUACCAUCUGUUGGCUAUAUGUUUGGUUUUACAUCCACAAUGCGUUGAUGAAUCUAUUCAGCAGGUGCUCCGUGAAAAGAACUACCAUGAGAAGAUGUUCAAGAUGCAAUAUGGUGAUUUGGGAGAGUUCGAGAGCUGCUUUAUUUUUGCUUGUCCUAAGUUCUUGUCACCAUGCCCACCCCCCAUUGAACCUGGUUCCAACUACGGACGUGACGCUGUCAAGCACCAGACUCAGGUGUUCAUGGACGAGGUUCGUCAACAAAAGAUGCUACCUACCAUCCGUUCGUAUUUGAAGCUGUAUACGACGCUACCCUUAGCUAAACUUGCGGCGUUUAUGUCGGCUGCCCGCGGCGGCGAUCGUGAUGCUGCGCGGGAACAUGCAGCGCUCGCUAUUCACCUGCUAUGCUUCAAACACAAGAUGAAGAAUGUUGUCUGGAGCAAGGGACCAAGUGGUCUUGAUGGGAAAUUUCAGAGUGGUUCUGAGCUGGAUUUCUACAUUGACAAUGAUAUGAUUCAUAUCGCAGACACGAAGGUGGCUCACCGUUUUGGCGACUUUUUCAUUCGCAAACUCCUGAAAUUUGAAGAGCUCAACCGUAAGCUUCAUCAUAUCAAAAUCUAA